AUGGAGUCCGCACUUGUGCCCAAGACCGAGGGUACUUAUGAUGCAGAGACAGGCCUUCUUGUUCCCCAAGCUGCCAUAUGGAUGGUGUUUAUCACAAUAUUCAUGGACACUCUAGCUGCUACGAUCUCAACACCGGCCUUGCCGUAUUAUGCCAGAUCGUUUCACAUAAGCAAUGCAGCAAUCGGGUACCUGUAUGCCUCCUGGAGCUUCACCUCGGCUUUCUGCGCCCCCGUUCUGGGAAAGCUGUCAGAUCAGGUUGGAAGGAGAAAAGUCCUCAUUGCUUCCUUGGUGGGUGCUGGGAUUGCAAAUUUGGGACAAGCCUGUGCUGGAAACUACUACGAACUGCUCGCUUGGAGAGCUUUCUCUGGAGUCUGGGCAGCCGUUGGCAAUUCGGCGCAGGUAUAUCUCAGUGAUGUGUGUUCUCCGGCCGUGCUUCCCGACUACAUGUCAAAACUAUCAGCUGUCCCAAGCUUGGCCAUGACUUUUGGUCCAGGCCUCGGCGGUGGGCUAUCGAAAUUUGGACUGAGCAUCCCUGUUUUGGUGGAUGGUUUGUUGUCCUUGGCAGCAGCCGGGCUGUGCUAUAUUUAUCUGCCUGAGUCACCCAGCUGGGUUGCGGACAGGGAAAACCCUAAGACUGCCACUGUAGAGGCCUCAUCCAGCAGCUCUGCCGAUGUUCCUCCAAGUGUAAAGGUAUUGGCCUUCUCUGCAGUAUUUCAAGGCAUCGCCUUCGGCACAGCAGUUUCCAUGACUGCCAUCACACUUGACGCAAAGCUUGGCUUCGACUCUCUCCAUGUUGGAUUUACGUUCGUCCUUGCCGCUCUUGCCACAUUGGCUACGAGCAUUUGGGGGACCAGCCGCGUUCAACAGCGAGCUGGCCUAAAGAACACUGCAGUGUUGGGAUCUCUGUUCGGCGGUGCCUUCAGUCUGCUGAUGGCGGUUGUCCCAGGUGUUUGGACUACCGUAACCUUCCUUUGCUUGUCACGCGUUGGUGUGUCCUUGCGUGGUGGCAGCUCGGGCACCAUCUUGACGAAAUUUACGAACCCGUCAAACCGUGGAAGUGUUUUUGCGAUGCAGCAGUUUGCGCUCAAUAUUGGCCGUCUUCUCGGUCCUGUGAUUGCGGGGCACCUGGCAGUGCAAGACCCCAUUACGUUGCCCUGGCUGUUCAGUGCUGUUUGCUCGCUAAUUUCAGCGCUCAUCCUCCUGGCCGUCCAGAUGCCCGACCUUCCAGAGCCACAGCAAAGUGUCUCAAAGAUGGUUCGCGGCUUCACCGACCUGAAAGGAGCUGCUGAUAGUCUGGAGCUGGAGUACGGGAGUGCGGAGGAUUGUAAGGCUCUGGGGGAGUACGUUGGCGGCCUGCUAACCAAGCGAAGAUAUCGGUGGGUGUCCCGAAGGGAAGCCAUCUACAGUAUGUUGGACAAGCUUCUUCCAGAACUGUCCUCCGGAGCAUGCGAUCACGUUCAAGACCUUGAGCGCUUAAUGAAACAUGUCGAGCAAAUGCAGAAGGACUUUCAGAAUGUGCAAAGCCGAGACUGCUGA